CAAGAUCCAAAUGAAGUGGUCCUUCUGCGAAUAACAAGAGAAAUACUAGAAAAAGCAGAGAGGGAGCAAUCAGAGAAAAAAUUAGAUAGCAUAAAGCAGAGCCAAGACAAAAUAAGAAUGGAAGAGAAAGGAAAGCAACAACAGGAAGAUUUACAAGAAGUAACGCAGAAAAGGAAAAUAGAAGAGAGAGAACCUAGCAAGAAUUUACAAGAUCAUGCCAAAACUUCACAGGAAAAAAAUAAUGAGCAUGUCAAAAACAUUAGAGAAGUCUUUAAGAGAGGGAAUUUAUGGAUAGAGAUAAGAGAAAGAGAUUUCGAAUGGGACAAAAAUGAAGCAAAGAUAAAUGAAGACUGCUGUGAGACAGAGGUGAAGUCUGAUAACAAAGACUAUCUGACAAUAUGGGACUUGCCGACAAAUAUAAAUAAGAAAGAGUUAGAGUAUAUUUGUAGAAGAUUCAAAGAAACCCACAUAGCUAUACCAGUUAACAAUAACAAACUGGUCUGGGUUACAAAAGGAGAAGAAGAUCACGAAGCAAGAGAAAAACAAAGAAAAUACACAGCAAAAUUAACAGAACUACCGGGAAAUGCCUCAGAAGUCUUAUUAUUAGAAAUGAAGGCAGCUCAGUCAAAACUGAUUAUGUACAACAAUUUUCGAGUUCAUUGGAUAAACAGAGAGAAAAGAGAAAUAAGAAGAGAAGAAAGGUUCAGAGAAGAAAGAGGUAGAAGCUGGGAUAGAUUUAGCCAAAUUUCCAAUAUAAAAGAAAGUGAAGAUAGAAGAGGAAAACAAAAAAGCAAGACAUACAUGAACAAACCAAAUAAUGAAGCAUCAAGGAUAAGUGAUUGGUCAACAGAAGAAAGAAAUGAUAUGCAAGACCAUAAUACUGAAAAUCAAGCAAGAUAUAAAAACAUGAACAAAGAAGAAGAAGAAGGUCUAGGACAAAGAAUUGCUGAAGCCAAGGCCCAAAUGCAAGGCAAAGGCACAUAUGUAGGAGACAUUCUAGGUCGAAUUUUGGAAAGGUUAGAAAGACUAGAAGAAGCAACAUCUAAAUUUUAA